GUCAAGAUGAUCAGCCCGGUCUUCGACCUGGUGCACGGGUUGGCCGCCUUGGGCGUGGUGGCCUUGGGCGUGGUAGGGGCAUUGCCCAAGCCAAAAGGGCAGGGAGCUUGGAAGAAGUGGACGCCUGAGGCGAUGUUGAGGGCGGCCUUUGGCCAGGCUAAUGCAUCUGUCAGGCAAUCUGCCAGGGAGGUUGAUGGGGCAAGCCCAUCGCAUGUGAUCAAAGCUCGCACCUUCAUUGCCAACUGUAUCCUUGAUUGCCAAAAAAAACAUAUUGCAUCGGAGAGAAAUCGGCAGGGAGAAAAGGAAGUGCUGUAUCAAAUUUUGAACAUGAUGUUUGAUGAGACAGAGUUGGACGUUUCGCUGGACCAGGAUGGAGCAGGAAGCUGGUCAAUAUUGGCAAGCCACAGCCAACUGAGCAUCCAUGCUGAGGGCCACGACUUGGAAAUUGACAUAGCAAGGCCGCCAAGAGCUCUCCCUCGCAAAACGGCAUCUUGCAUGUGGGGUGCGUUGUGUCUGGACGAGGGCGGCCUCAGGAAAGUGUUGACUGAAAAGUUGGUGGUCAUGGGUGCAGAGCCUCCAGGCCUGCAAGCGGAGUGGGCUGUGGCCCGCAGGCAGGCAAAAACCUUCCUGCAUAUGAUGCUGCAGUGCGAAGAUGAGAAGCCGAAUGCUAAACGGUCUAGGCUAGCCACAAUCGCCAUGGCCCUGUCAAAGGAGCUUUCCAGUGCAAGGUCUUUGGACAAUGUGCGGAACGGAAACUUGGCAAAGGCAUACCUGCCUGCAGAUGCUCGGUCCAGAGCGUUUCACGGCCUGGGGCCUGGUGCCAAACUGACAGCGGCAGGCUUGAGCGAGGCCUUGUCGGAGUUGGACAAGUUCCUUGUCGUGGAUGACUACGGGUCUGUGGAAUGCGUGAAGUUCGCCAGGGAAGAAUACAACAAGAGGCAUCCCAUGACUUUGAUCUUUGAGACCGAGAAGUAUGGAAGAUUGUGGCUGGGUGGUGAGAAGGCAGUCCACAACACCUUGCUCCUGUCACAGAAUGAGGUGGGCUAUGUCUGGCCUGCUUGUGCAUCUGCAGUCCCGGAGACGCCUCAAGUGUAUGUCUUUGACGCAGUGGACGGAACAGAUGCGGCCCAGGGGGACGUUCAGCUGGACAAGAUUUUGCCGAUCAUCACUGAUAUCAUUGAGCUCCUGGUGAAUGGAAAAUCUGUUUUAAUAGCUUGCAACAACGGGGCUGACAGGUCUGCGACCUUGGUGUGCAUGGUGCUGAUGCGGCUUCUAUCCUGGUCCUCCUCCCAGGCUAGCGCCUAUCUAGCCACUAUGCGCAACAUAGUAGACCUAAAGAGCCGAGCCCCACCCUCGCGUGGAAGGGCCCAGAUGGUGCGCCCAGUUGACUUUUUGGAAAAGAUCGAGGAAGCAUUGCAUGCUGGCAGUGCCCGGGAAAAUGCCAAAGCAGCCAUUGGGUUUGUGCCUUUGAGGCGAAAAGCGCUGGAGCUCGGCUUUGAAGCCAGGUUUGCUGCAGGCCGGACAUCGCUGCUGACAAGAGUCGACCGCAAGUCAUCUUCAGAUGAAGGGGAGACAACCCAGAGUUACGACAUGGGCACUGAUGCUGAGAACAGCGAUGGUACUUUUUUGCGCUGCAGAGCCGCUGGCAGCAUGGCCGGAAGUGCUUCGUGGCUUUUUGUGGAGAGCCCGGCGUCUACGCCACGUAGUGGCAGUGCAGGCGAAGGCUCUGAGCUGCGGCGCCGCAAGCUCCGGAUGCUGAUUGAAGACUUGACGGACUUGACCCUCAAGUUGGAAAAUCAUGUUUCAAGCUCUGGCGGCUUUGAGCCUGGUUUGACGCUGAAAGACGCUUCUGGGCACCCAGCAGCUGUUGUGGUGGGAGACGAGCUGUCGUUGACAGCUGCGCCUGCAAGCGCUUCUGCUGAGGCUGGUGCGCCUCAGGCGUCGUUGGCUGGCCAGCAGGCAAAAGAGCCAAGCUUAGAAAACAAGGCAGGUGAGCCAAAUGAUGAGCCUGAUCCCAAGAAGGCGAAGGUGGAAGGGGAUGCGGCCCCAGCGCCAGGUGCCGAGGCCCCAGCUGAGGAAGCGACUCAUGGCUCGAAGGCUGCGCCUGCCGUUGAUGGCUCGAAGGAGGGUGCUGCGCCAGAUGGUAUGGAAGUCGAUUAUGAUCCUGAUGAAGAGCGACCAGCCUCCAUUGCUCAGGCUGUUCCAGCUGGUGAGAAGGCCAAAGCUCAGGAAGAGCUGGGAAAUUUGUCUGACCAGGCUUCCCAAAGCUUGUUGGACUUGCUGGAAGCCCAGAAGGUGUCCCACCAGUCCCUUCUUGCAAAGCUGGAAAAGAUUGAGGCUCAACGUGUUUCGGAUAACCAAAGGUCUCAGUUGCUUGAUGCCUUGUUGAACCGGGACCCUGGCUUCGAAGCUCAGUUGGCUGCGCUGCCAGUACCAGUGCUGACGGAAGUUUGUGACAGCCAAGGCAUGUCCUUGAUUCACCAUGCUGUCAGGACUGGCCAGGCCAACAUUGUGGAUCUUCUUUUGCAACGCUGCCCUGAGCUUGCAGAAAAAACAACGGGCAUUGAUGCCCGCUCAGCGCGCUGGACGCCUCUCAUGGUUCUCAUGGACACGCCCGUGCACUCUGUUGGAGAGGACAUUUACCAGCGCAUACUGCGACUUCUCCUUCAUGUGAUGAGUGUUCAGUCAAUCUGUGCCCAGGCCUACAACGGCCAAACGGCUGCUCACUUGGCAGCUGCCCAGGCAAACCUCAUGGCCAUCAAAAAGAUUUGCUGGACCACGUAUAAGAAAGCUGGAGAAUCCGACUCGGCGUUCCGCCUGGUGAGCAACAUGCUGAAUACCAGGUCUGGCAAGCGAGGUGCAGGGGCUGUGGACCUUGCCUUGAAUACCAACUUUCAAGUGGCGAGCUAUUUGAAGUCAUGGGGAGCAGAGGAGCAAUGCCCCAGUCCAAAGCAGUGUCUGCACUACGGCUUUGCUGCUGCUUUUGGCGGCAGAUUUGGCUGCGUGAGACAGACGCCUGUGUGUGAAAAAAGGGUGCAAGCAGGGCUGGGGCAGAAAGGACCACCAGCGCAUGUUUGCCAAGGGUGCUGCACGGACAGAGACGCCAGUGUUGAGAGGGGUAUGGAGCUUCUGACGUCCAAGCUACUCACUUGUAUCUCCGUUCCUGCUAUGAACAAGUGGACAAAAGUAGCGCCCUGUGUCAGGCAUGUUGCCGUGUUGCAAAGUUUUUGCAAUCUUGUUCCACAGGCCUGCCAGGAGCUUUGCCCGCCCCCUGAGGACGAUUCCGGUUCAGAGGAUGAGGGGGCAGCUGUGGGCGUCCCAGUUGAUGAAAGCAAAGCUUGGCGAAAACUUGCCAGGCUGAGAGUGCGGAAGGCUUGCUUUUUCCUGUCUGACCAACAAAGCAAUUGGAUGACUUGUUUAUGGUGCGUGCUGACAAAGCCGAUCAUGAGGGUGCAUUUUGCACUUUUCAAGCACGCAACUUGGCUCUCUGAGCGCGUUGAAGCUGACGCUGUAGAUGAUGAGGAAGAGGUGCUAGAUUUAUUUGAAGAUGCUGAACUGAGACCGCUGUCAAUGGCAUGUUUCUGCAGAGCAUCCCUGAGCCCUGCAUUGAAAGCCUUGGAUUCUAUCAGUGAGCUAGCUCACCUGCCUGCAGGCAUGGGUUGGGAUCCAGUUAUUCUGGCCUUUGGCCCUGUUCUUUCUUGGAACCAAGAACGGCUGAGAAUCACGCGUCGCACUUUGUGCUUGGUUGUGGGCCAAUUGUGGAGAAAGCUUGUUUACCCUUUCCAGCAGUACCCUUGGGCAUUGGAGCCUUUGGUCGAUCCAGAGGUGAGCUUGAGUGAGAAGCAAGAUUGCGUGCGGUCCUUGUUCAGUUGCAACGAUUGCCAGCUUGAUGCUUUUGCUCGCCAACUCCGUGACACUGUUCCACAGCAUGCAAUGCUGGAACCAGGCACGCUCAAAUUCUUGGAAGCCGUGCUGCAGCGUGUGGUUCCAACCAGCACAUUCAUUGAGCGGGUGUUUUCCAGGCUUUCUGAGUGGGCCGAUGUGAAGGGGCGCAGCCCGAAACUGAGCAGCAUUGAACGGCAAAGAGCUGCCUUGAGGGCCUGGCGAGGUUGCACCCUUGAAGAAAAAAAGAGAUACUCGCGCUUGGCGCAAGCUAGGAAUGUAGCAGCUUCUUUGGCCGCAUCCCAAGCAGCUGCAGCCACAGAAGGGGGCGAUGCUCUCCCUGCUGGCAGUCCUUGCGGUGUUGGUACACCUGAUGGUUUCCCACUUGCCCGCCAUGUUGUCCUUAGCAAUCAAAGCCAAAUGAACACCAUGUCUGCUCAGUUUAACAAUGACUACAACCGUCUUUUGCCUGAAAAUGCUGAUGCGUUUGCUGGUGCGCCAAGGGAGCCAUAUCCUUUAAUGCCAAACUGCCCCAAGGACGGAUGCAUGCAUACCUUGCCAGAUGCCGGCUUGGCCGUGGUGACUUCCUUGCAUGACCGCUUCUGGUUCAUCGUCAAACAUCAUGCUCCAAAGCCAAAGGCUGUAGCAAAGGAAGUGCUCCUGUUGUCUCUGCGUUCAGAAGCCGCCAAUGUUUCAAAAGAUGUUGCGGUGAUGUUUCACACCAGGAGGGCUCCUUGGGAGGCUGCUUUGCUUGUACUUCAUAGGGUCAGUUUACCCGGCUUGGCAGAGCAAGGCGUAGUCUUCAGUUUGUUGUUCAGCGAUUGUGCCGGAGGUUACUUUGGUGAGGGCAAAGCUCCUCAUCUUGAUUUGACAAGUGACAGGGCCUUAUUUGUCAGACUGGCGCAGCUUGCGUCUGACUGGUCUUUUCACUUUCUGGAAGUGGGCAAGGUUCUGUCUUUGGUUCGUUUCGAUGUGGUAGCUGUAACGGCUUUUGAAGAGAGCUCUUUUGAGACAAAGGCACAAGAAGCACUUGAAGUUUCAAACGCCCUACAAGCUCUCAGCCACUUGCUGGGCAACCACAAGAAGCGGACCGCAAAUCAACAGUCCCAGAAUGGGGCCAAAGAAAUGGGCCCCCGGUCAGCGAAGCGACUCAAAGCUUCACAUGCCCUGUCAGCGGAAAGACGAUUGCUGGGCGUCGAUUCUGAAUCCGAGCAUGGAUCCAACAACAGUGAGGCAAGUGGCUACAACACCGAUGCAGAGGACGGAACACCGUCUGGAAACUUGGCAAGGCCAGAACUGGCAGAUUACUUUGACCCAAGAAGCUUUGCCAGACAAUUUAACGAGGAAUCCAAAGCAGAGCCCCCUCCAGCUCCACAUGUUCAAGCCCCUCUCAGAAUCAAACCGGCCUGCUCUGCAGAGGUGACAAAUGCAAAAGCAACCCGCCAGCGAAGGAGUGAAGCAUGGGGCGUAUUUCAUUUGGGGCCCAUCUACAGCCAAGGUGUGCAAACAGGCUAUGGAGCUAUCUGUGGCUUACAUCGCAAUUCAGAGGACGGGCCAGGAAUCUAUUGCAGAAAAGCUUUGACAACAUCCGAGCUUUCCGAGGAAGACUGCCGGCUCCGUCUCAAACGUUGGCUUCUAGCCGGGUUGCAAGACAGUGAUUGGCCUGAGGGGCAGGGCCGCUCAAUGCACCUGUCUUUGGGCGGCCUGCGCCUGGUAGAUUUCAGCUCGGGAAAACCAGAGGCUGCUUUAGACAGUUUCCGAGCGUUGGAUCCACACCAGUUCCAAGCUGCCAUGGAGCCGGAUCCAGGCCUCAGUGACUCCAGCAGUUCUAGCAAUGGGCCUGCUAGACCGCGUGGUGUCAAGAGGAGGUACAAGACAUAUGCUGAGUACUACAAACACAUCAGCCAGAAGCAGAACCAGCACGAGCACAAGGACUUCUUAGCUGCUGUGAAGCAGUGGCUGAAGCAGCACCAUGACAACCCUGACAAGUUCAAGCUUCAGGACAAAGAGGAGUUGCUGAAAACUCAAAGAGAGCUUGUGAUUUCGAAGAAACAGGGUGGCAAGUUGACAGGGCCAAAGAAGCAGUUUGUUCUCAGCACCCAUUGGGACAGCAAGCGCCACGGCGAAUGGGACCCAACUAAGGAGGUGGACCAUUUGAUCGGUGGAGUGAUGAAGAAAGGUGUGUGGCGCACAGUGGGGCAAGAAGGUGUGUAUGACUUCGAAGCUUAUGAAGACACUGGGGUUGAGGAGCGAGUCAUUGAAGAUGAUGGGCAGCAAGCAAUUUUUGCAGACGAAGCAUUCCAAGCAAAGAAGCAAGCCGCCCCGCAGACACUGCAGCAGCAGGCCAAGGAGAGAGACGCCGCUUCAGUGAAGGCCUCAGAGAGUGACAUGACUUUUGCGGACUUGGUCCAGGUUGUGCGCUCACAGAGCAGCGCAGCUGCCAGCUCUGCUGAGGUUCCGGCUGCAGCUGGAGCAGCUGGCGCAGAAGGGAAGGACACUGACAGCGUUGAAGAAAAUUCCGCCUGGUCAAGCACCUCCUCAGAGGAGGAGGAUACAGCAGCAGGCUUGGAGUUGCUGCAAUCUUCAGGGGUUAAAGGCGCAAGCAAGGAGACGCCUGGUGAGAGCAGCGCAAAGCCAGCCAAGGCGAAGGCCAAAGCCAAAGCAAAGGAGGCGCCCAAACAGCCAAGUACCGCGUCUGCGUUGCCAAGGCAAGAAAAGAAAGGGCACGCCAGCGGCAUUGCGAAAACGCCAAAGGCAACACAGGCUUCCAGCCUUGCCCCAACCUCUGUGCCUGAGAGCAAUGGGAUGCUUUCCUUGGAUGGCCGUGCCAACCGCACUUUGAAGACUUUGGAAGCUGCCGUUUCUGAUGCAAAACAGAAACUUGCUGAAGUAAGUUUCGAUGACAAGCCGCAGAGCACCACCCAGAUGAAAGAGUUUCGUUUGGAGGCUGCCCAAAGAAUUUCCACUUGCAACACAGUAGCGAGAAAAGCAAAGGACACAGUGACCAGAGUUGGAAAGUCAAACAACCGGGAUUCCUUUGAGAAGCAGUUAGACACCUUGCAGGAUCUUGGAAACCUGGCCCAGGCUUCAGCGAAGCUUCUUUCAAACGUCAUUGCUCCUACCUUGGACCCGGAUGCUUACAUCAGUGCCCAUGACGCGGCAUUUGCGUUGCCGUCCGAACCAAUGAAGCAGUUGGCUGCCUUGUUGGGAACCGAAGCGGCGGCCAAAGAAAGCGCCCUGGAAGUGGAGCACCGCAUGCUUGCUUGCUUGCGAGCAAUUCCUGCCAGUGAGUUGGCUCUCCUCGCCCCUGGAAAGGCUGUCCCAGAGCUAGGUGGCGAAGUUCCCAGAAUGGGUGAAUGUUUAGAUUUGGCAGAUGCGAUAGCAAAAGCAUGUGACAAGGAUGGCCAAAACUUCAUGGCAAGGGAGCUGGCAGACUCUGUCAAGACGGUGCGUUGUUUGCUGGGGCAGGACCAUGUUGGAAUGCUGGUGGAGGAGGUUAAAGCCUUGACGGGCUUGGAAAAAGACAAGCUUGACGCUGCCCCGGCUUUGCAGAAUUUUUUCUUGCAACACGACACCGGAAAGGCUUUCCUUUCUGUGGCCCAAUUGCGUAUGGAGCAAGGGGACAAAGAGAGGAUUUUUGAAGAGAAGGUGGAAGUUUUGCAGAAAGCAGUGUCUCACUUGGCCGCCUGGCCUAAGCAAAGCCCUCCAGAGGCUGAGUCCGGCAUUCUUGCGGUACAGGAGCGGAUUGAGCCAGCAGUGGAAGCUUUGGACGCCGCCAAGCAAACCACGUUUUUUCAGGAGUCGAAAAAGAAGAAGCGGGACCAGAUCUCAAGUCGCUUGCUGGUUGAUCUGGAAAGGUUGGAAAGGCAGGUCAGCGAGCGGUCUGUUGACCUGGUGCGGAUCGUGUGCAAGGACAACAUGGAGACUUAUUUUUGUGAGGCCUUGGCGAAUGACUGUUUGGUCAGCCUUGCCAGCGGUGCCUUUGCCCUUCUCAACUUAGAUGAGUCCUUGCUCUCCUUCAAGGCCACAGCUUUUGUGCAGCACAAAGUCUGGGCAAAGGUGACGGCAGCCGCCGAUGAAGUUGCCAAGUUCAAAGCAGCGUCUGAGCUGGCAGCUGACGUUGCCAAGCAUGUUUUCUACAAGCACAAGGCAUUCUCCCAUCUGCCUCCUGUUCCAGCAGCGUCGCCAGAGACAUUGCAGAAGUGGUCCGAUUCGGGCGUUGCCCUGGUGCAACGCUUCGUGCCUGAAGGGGUAGCUGAGAAAUUCAAAGAUCAGUUUCUGUCACCCAUUCAACAUGACCUGGAGAGUCUAUUCUCAAAAGGUUUGGAAAGGGUGGGGCCAAUCGUGUCAAAAUGCGUCAAGGGUCUUUUAGGGGCUGGCCUCAGCAAGCAAGUGCGGGACCAAACGCUGCAGAGCAUCCCUGCCUCUCACGAAAUGAAGGCUGUUGUCGACUUGUUUCUGCAGGUGGCAGAAUUUCCGAUCCCUUCCGAAGAUCCGCUGGUGAUGUGUCAGCUGUCUGCAGUGCUGCAAAAAUUUUGGCUCUUGCUGAAUCCGCUCUUGGAGCAAGUGCGGGAAGGCCUGGCCUCCGCUAAGUUGGUCAAAGACAUGGAACAGGUUACUUUUAGCCACCCUGACACAUUGGCAUGGUUGACCAGUACUGUAGCACAGAUCACACAAAGCUUGUCCAAGGCUUGUGAGAAGGAGUUCGCAACCGCUUGGGAUGCAGCCUCGCAGCUAGAGAGCUUGCUGGCAAAGUUGCCCGACCCCAGCUGCAAAGAAGCGGAAUACAGGACAGAGGGUGCCAAGGUGACAAAGCAAGUCGCCGACCUGGUCGCGCAAAUUGGCCAGAACGAGAAGGUGAGGCUGAAGGGUGUGUCAGCUGUGAAGCAGCUGUCUGACAUCGGCCUACCAGGCAACCCAGGGCAUAAUGGCGUCAGCGCUUUGUUUCACAAGUACGAAGGCGGAGAAGCCGGUUUCACCGAAAAGGUGCUCAAGUCAGCAGCCUGCGGCUCGGUCCAUGUCGCCAUGGUGGCUGGUUUGUGUCUUCUCCGCAACGGGUCAUUGGGCUCGGCAAAUGAUGAAGGGAAGAUGAUCAGGAAGCAACUGCAGAGCGUGGCAGAAGCCCUCAAACAGAAAGUCGCCGCACUGAAGCUCUGUGAAAAGCCGGAUGCUGAGCUGUUGCACAGGGCCCAGAACGUUUUGAAUGAGGCGUCUGCACACCACAAGACCCCUGAUGCUGGCAGCGCCUCCAUUGCGAAGGAGGCAAGUCCCACUGACAAGAGCAAUGAGGCAAUGGGCGUGGACGUGGACGAGGCAAGGGCAGAGGCCGCAGGGGCCAGUGAUUGGACGCCCGCCUGCCGCGCAUUUUUGAAGACUGACAGCCUUGCCAGCUUCCUGUCACACAGCUGGCUCAAGUUUGUGAAGCAAGCAGAGGCGGUUCUUGACCUGGAGUUGGUUAAGCAGGCUUCUAGCCGUGUUGCAGACGCAGAAUCCCUUGCGUCAGGCGAAGCCCUGUAUGAAUUUGCACAAGAGAAUUUGAAAGGUUUUGCAACCAUGUUUCCAGGCAGGUUUGCAGAACAAGCUGAAGUUGCCUCUUGCGUGUCUCUGACAUGGGCAUCGGCUUGCAGUGGCUCAGAGGGCGCUUUCUAUGUCAUGGAAGCGCUUUCCAGAGCAUACAGCCUUAGCACGGAGACCUGCGGAUUCCGGCUCUCCGUGAAGCACCUUUUCUCAUGCGAGAGCAACAAGGACAAACAGCGAUGGAUUCAAGCGGUUUUAGAUUGUGGACCUUUGAUGCCAGCCCUCAGCCCUUUGAAGUCGGCUUCCGAAGGCAGUGACGGGGAAAGCGAGCUGCUUCAACUUGGAAGCUGCAUCUUCCAGGACAUCGAGACGCUGGGCGGCUGUGAAGCUCAUUGCGUUGUUCAUGGCAAACUUUGCCCGGUGCCUGGGUGUGACCUUUUGGUCAUUGGGUCCUCCUGCAAAGAUUUCAGCAAGGCCAAUCCAAAGAAGGAGACACAAAAGUUGGUGUUCCAGCAGAGCAAUUCAUUGGGAGGCUCAGCGCAGACUUACCACGGUUUUACCAGCUAUGUUGCAGCUCACUCACCUGGGCUGGUGACGUACGAAAAUGUUGAUGGGCUUGAGGAGCAAAUUGGGGCACAUGCCCAAUCCAACUUGGAUGUCUUGAUGCAAACCAUGAAAGAAUUGGGCUAUAGCGGCCAGCCUUUGCGAACAGAUGCUUCGUCCUUCGGCUUGCCUGCCAGAAGGCGCCGGCUUUAUAUUUUGUUUGUGCGCCAAGUGAACCCAAAGCUUCACACUCAAGCCAGGUCUUUGACCGAGUCUUUUGAAAUGUUCAACAACAUGGUAGCCUCCUGUCUGAGAUCCCCGCCCUGUGCCAAGGAUUUGCUGCUAAAUCCCGCCUCAGGCGAGGUUGAAGCCUUUCUGGAGGAGAGGAAAGAGAAGAGCGCCAAGGCUGCAUCGAAGAGCCCCAAGUCUUCGGGCAAUUGGGCAGACCAACACAUGAAGUUUGCAGAAGCUGAAGGGUUGCGAUGGGGACAGCCAUACCCUGAAGAACUCAAGUUGAAUCCGUGGUUUGAAACCUUGACAGCCAGGGAACAGGACGUGCUGGCUUUGUCCAGGGCUCAAGCCCCGGAUGCUGGCUUCAGAAAUGUUUCCCAAUCGCUUGGACGAGUGCACACUGCCAGCUGGUGCAAAGAUACCAAGAAGCACAUUGCCCCAACAAUGCUUCCAGGUCAGCUGCUCUUUGUCGAGCUGGUUAAGCCUCCAAGAUUGAUGUUGGGUCAAGAAGCCCUUUUGUUUCAAGGAUUUCCAGCACCUCUGUUUCUGAAGCUGGUAGAGACAGAAGGCAUCGAUGUCUACGAAUGCUCUUCUGCGGCAAGGGGCUCAGUCCGAAAGCGGUCUGGCCCAGGAAGGAAGUGGCUGACAGAAAGUUUGAUGGCUGACCUUGCAGGGAAUGCCAUGGCUCUGCCAGUGUUGCUUGCGAUUGUGCAGAGUGCUGUGGCCUCCCUGCUGUUCAGGCCGUUAGAGCCUGAGCCAGUAAACCCGCAGCAGGGUCAGAUCGAUGGUUA